CUCCAAAAGCAGGUUGCUUACCUAAGGCUAAUCUUUCAGAAACAAAUAUAGCUAAAAAUAUCCACUUCAACACCAAGCAGCAAUGGCAAGCAAUGGAGAAAAUGGAAGACAUCAAGAAGUUGGACACAAGAGUCUCUUGCAAAGUGAUGCCCUUUAUCAGUACAUUCUUGAAACAAGCGUGUACCCAAGAGAGCCUGAAGCCAUGAAAGAGCUAAGAGAGAUUACUGCAAAACACCCUUGGAACCUUAUGACCACCUCUGCUGAUGAAGGGCAAUUCUUGAAUAUGCUUCUCAAACUCAUCAAUGCCAAAAACACCAUGGAGAUUGGCGUUUUUACUGGUUACUCUCUUCUUGCUACUGCCAUGGCUCUUCCUGAUGAUGGCAAGAUUCUAGCAAUGGAUAUCAACCGCGAUAACUAUGAGAUUGGUCUUCCAGUAAUUGAAAAGGCCGGUCUAGCUCACAAAAUUGAAUUCAGAGAAGGCCCUGCACUUCCUGUUCUUGACCAAAUGAUUGAAGAUGGCCAAUACCAUGGAUCAUAUGACUUCAUAUUUGUGGACGCUGACAAGGACAAUUACUUGAACUAUCACAAGAGAUUAAUCGACUUGGUAAAGGUUGGUGGACUAAUUGGUUAUGAUAACACACUUUGGAACGGAUCAGUGGUGGCACCGCCUGAUGCACCCCUCAGAAAAUAUGUUAGGUAUUAUAGGGAUUUCGUAUUGGAACUCAACAAGGCCUUGGCUGCUGAUCCCAGAAUAGAAAUCUGCCAGCUUCCUGUUGGUGAUGGCAUCACCCUUUGCCGUCGCAUCAGUUAAAAUAUUCAUACAGUACAAGUGGCGGCAACCAACACCCAAAGGCAUGCCACCAGGGCUCAUGGCAACGGAGGAUUUUAUCAUUUUUGAAAUCCCCUGUUUUAAUCAUUCCUUUUAUUUUAAACUUUUUUCCUUUUAGUUCUGUCUAAUGGCAAAGGUUGCAUUGUCUAUGGUACCUAGUUUGUAUUUCACAAUGUAUGUUUAUAAAUAUAUAAACAAAAUUCAAGUUCUGAGAUCGAAUGUCCAAAUUGCGAUCAUAGGUCAAUAGAUGGUUUGGGCAUAUGAAGAGUAAAGACACAGAUACCCAAUGCGGAGGUGUGAGAGGUUGGCCAUGGAUGGUUUCAGAAGAAGUAGGGGUAGGCCGAAGAAAUACCGGGGAGAUGUAAUUAGAUAGGACAUGACACAGUUACAGCUUACCGAGGACAUGACCUUAGAUAAGAGGUUGUGGAGGACCCACUUUAGGGUAGAAGACUAGUACAUAGUCUCGUUAUUCUUUUUAUUAGUAAGCGCAUUACAAUUAUCUAUUACUGUUUGUAUUUUAAUUACCUUAUUUUAUUUGCGUUGCUUU